AAACUUCCACACAACGCCACCACCCAAUUCGUUCCACCAGCAAGGAAGAUUGGUUGACCUCUUCGCAGGGGCGAGCGCUGCAUUAUACGAAGGAACUUGAAUCAGGUUGACUUCAAUACGGAUCAUACACUGACUUGUGUACGAAUAGGUGAUCUUCUCAGCAAUCUUCUGCCCAGAGGAACGGCACAUGGGAAUCACGAACCUGCUGAAAGUCUGCCACAAUGGACUCAAUACAGGAUGAGACGGAGGAUUCAAGGACGUCCGAAGUUGGCCGGAAGCGCGACCGCGAUGCUUUCCAGACCACGCUCCUCCAAGACCCUUCGAGCGACCAUUCCGACGAUGAUUUUGCCCAACGAUCGCACAAGCGAUUCAAGCAAGACCAUGCGCAGUCGGGCAGUGAAUCCGUUGAAGAUGGAAUCAUAAUCAACACUACUUCACCAAUACUCACCGACCCGCAUCCUGCCGAAACGUCUCAAACACUGCCGACUCAACACCAGACAAUAUCCCCGCCUCCCCCGGUGAUGACUUGGAAUAAAGGUGUACAGAGUGGCCUCCGAACCUCAUUCGGAAGUAGGAGUCAGGCACAGGCUCGAGGGCCUGCUCCUACGCGCGGUGAGGGAGGUGAGGCGGUCCGGGGGAGCGAGACGAAUCACCAGGGAGAGGAUAUUGCAGAUGCACUUGAGUUGUUCUCUAAGGGCGGUUCAAAUUUUGAUUCGCCGGAAGAGAAGACUGUAGAUGCACUCGAGUCUACUUCUGCCAGUGGCCGCAUAUCGAAUCUCGGGGAUACAAAUCCGUCAGCCUCCCUUAGCUCCAGUGCUACUGAGGAUCCUAAGCCCAAGAGCAAGAGGAAUCAUAAGAAGAAGACCCCAUCUGACGCGGAUGAAGUCGAAGAGGCUAAAGGAAAAAACUCUUCGAAGACUGCAGUAUCCAAGGGGACUUCAGUACCUAAGGCGCCAGCGCCCAAGGUACCAGGCCCCAACCUCCCAAGAAUAUUGCCAUUAGCCAUGGAGCGUGUCUAUAAGAAUGGCAAGGGGGAAUUUGAUCUUCGUGAAAUUCUUCGAGAUGGCAAACCUAUCGGUAUUGAAGAGCUCUCUCUAGCAGAGUUCGUGUCGCAUUUCUUGACGACGAAUGCCGAGAAGCUGAAUGGCUUGACAGGGAAGCAUGUGAAAGGGGCUUUCAACGCAUAUAUCGGUCUCUAUUAUGGUCAUCUCAAGACGCAGCUUCUAGACAAGGCCCGAGCCCACGCUGCGACUGAAUCUGCUCGUGAAUUCUGCGCCGGUUCUUUGGCCCAAGCGAAGAAGGAUCUGCAGAAACAGGGAAAGAUCGGUGAAAAUGAGACUUCUAAUACCAAAUUGCCAAUUGCAAAUUCCCAUCAGAAAGGGGAAGGUAUAGGACCCAAGGAGGUCGAAGAAGCAGCCUUGCCAGGCUCGGAACGCGAAGAUGGAGAAAUGUUGUCCCCUGCAAAUGAAGAUAAGGACGACGGGCCCAGCGACUUGGAGCAUGAACUGGAGCGUGAACUUCUGCAGAAGUAUUUCCCUUCCAGGGCCGGCAGCGCGACAGCACCACGCUGUCUAUCAUGUGCUAGUAGUGGCCAUAAGACAUAUGACUGUCCAGCUCUUACUUGCAAUAUCUGUGGAGGAGGCCAUUCAAAGUUCACUUGCCCGGAGAACCAGCGUUGUGGAAAGUGUCGACUCAAAGGACACCAGACCGCAGAAUGUCCUGAGAAACUGUUUGCUACCAAGGCUGAGACAGGUGGGUGUGAAAUUUGCCAAUCCCAGGAUCAUUUGGAGACUGCGUGUCACUUUAUAUGGCGGAGUUUUGCCCCCAGGCCUGAAGAAAUCAGGACUGUGCGCUAUAUCCCUAUAUACUGUUAUGUUUGCGGCGCCAAUGGCCAUUACGGUCCGGAAUGUGGACUACACAGGGGCAAGAUCCUCUCGGGUGGAGUGACUUGGUCCAAAUCAAACCUCCAGAAGUAUCUUGACCCUGCUAGCAAUGAUCGAGCGAUAGCUGCUGGAACUGAUUACUCUUUACCAAGCCUGCCUAGAAAGGGCUUUAGUAUCAAGGGGAUAGCAAAUGAUCCCAUCACACUAGAUGAUAGUGAUGAUGACCCCAACUUCAUUCGACCGAAGGUUAAUCGUCCUUCUACCAACAGUCAACGUGGCGGUACUAUACGUUUUGCGCCAAAUUCAAUGGUUAAUCAAGUACCAUCUACUGAACCUUCGUACCAACGGCCCAGCAAUCCGCCCAGACAAGCUCGUCCACAGUUCGGUGGUUAUGCUGAAAGUGCGAGAUAUGGUCGCGAGAGAACAUUUUCUCCGCCUCCAAGAUACCCUCUCCGCUCCGAAUUCCCGGAAGAUGACCGUUACCGUCCACGGGCACCAACUCGUGAAGAAUUUCGACCGCCUAGUGAAGCUCAGUAUGGGAGACGGGCCAUGCCAGUUGACAACGGCUUCCAAGGCGGCCAAUCAGGGAGGGGACGAGGUACAGCAGUGAGAGGAGGCAGCCAUAAUCGUGGCAAGAAACGAACAAGAUCCUCCAAGCAGGAUCGACGUGCAGGUCGUUGAGGAGUCGUUCUCUUGAGUUUACUCAUUUGGACGUAAUUCCUCUUCGUCUGCCAUGAAGCCCACUCCUUGGGUUUCCAAUUACUUUACACUGCAGCAUGAGGUAUCUACUUAAUCCUUAAAAUAGAAGCUGCACAUUGUAUAUAUUCUUAUCUCUGGGGCAGAGAUUGUAAUAUAGUUACGAGAAACAUGAAAAGUUCUGC